UGGUAAGCUGUACGGUAUUCCGCUCCUUGCAAUCGUUGGAUUGCUGGCACACCAAAAGACAAAACAGCCUUUCGGAGAUCUCAAGGGUCCUCCAUUACCCCGACCCUUUCGAUACUUCCCAUGUUUCUUCCUUGUUAACUCUCUCCGACCUCCUCACCCCAAAACCCAGCACCCCAUUUCUCCACUGAAUUCCGAUCCCGACCAACAAACUAAAAAGCAGAGAGAGAGAGAGAGAUGGCGACUCCUCCUUCCACCCAUUUCUGCCACACCUACUCGCCGCCGCUGCCGCCGUCAUCAUCGUCGUCAUCUGUUUCGUAUUUACCUGUUUAUUCAUCUGUACACGGACGCCUACAACGCGUUUCAAUUUCUUCGAUUCCGAGACGUUUUGUUUCAGCUAAGGUUUCUCAGCAGAAUGCUGUCGGCUUGCAAGACGGCCCGCCGGCGCCGGCGGUCAACCCAAUUGAGAACGAAGCUCCUUUCGAGAAACUGAAAGAUGGGUUGCUUUCAGCUCCGUCUUCGAAGGAAUCUAAAGACACGGCCGUGUUUAAUGUUAAUCAAAGUGAAUCUACUGUCAGUAUCACGGUGGUUGGAGCCUCCGGGGACCUUGCCAAGAAGAAGAUUUUCCCCGCACUUUUCGCACUUUUCUACGAGGAUUGCCUCCCGAAGCACUUCACUAUUUAUGGUUAUGCUCGGAGUAAGAUGACCGAUGCCGAGCUCAGAAACAUGGUUAGCAAGACGCUUACUUGCCGAAUCGACAAGAGGGAGAAUUGCAGUGAGAAAAUGGACGAAUUUCUUCAAAGAUGUUUCUAUCAUUCUGGUCAGUAUGAUUCGCAGGAUCAUUUCGCAGAGCUGGACAAGAAGCUAAAGGAACAUGAGGCAGGAAGAGUUCCUAAUCGCCUGUUUUAUCUGUCUAUUCCUCCAAACAUAUUCAUCGAUGCUGUUCGCUGUGCUAGCUCGUCGGCUUCAUCUUGUAAUGGCUGGACUAGGGUUAUUGUUGAGAAACCCUUUGGCCGAGAUUCAGAAUCAUCUGCUACUUUGACCAGUGCCCUCAAACAGUACCUAGAAGAGGAUCAAAUUUUCAGGAUAGACCACUAUCUGGGCAAGGAGCUUGUGGAAAACCUAUCAGUUCUCCGCUUCUCCAACCUUAUUUUUGAGCCCUUGUGGUCAAGGCAGUAUAUAAGAAAUGUACAGUUAAUAUUCUCUGAAGAUUUUGGCACUGAAGGACGUGGAGGGUACUUUGACAACUAUGGGAUAAUAAGAGAUAUAAUGCAGAAUCACUUGCUUCAGAUACUGGCUCUCUUUGCAAUGGAAACCCCUGUCAGUUUGUAUGCAGAAGACAUCAGAAACGAGAAGGUUAAAGUUUUACGCUCUAUGAGGCCACUACAACUUGAAAAUGUGGUCACAGGGCAAUACAAGAGUCAUGUUAGAGGUGGUAUUACUUACCCGGCAUACACUGAUGAUGAGACGGUACCCAAAGACAGCUUGACUCCAACAUUUGCGGCAGCUGCUCUCUUCAUAGACAACGCAAGAUGGGAUGGGGUGCCUUUCUUGAUGAAGGCCGGGAAAGCAUUACAUAAUAAGAGGGCUGAGAUAAGGGUACAGUUUCGGCAUGUGCCUGGAAACUUGUAUCGAAAUAUUGGAACGGAUCUUGAUCGCACGACAAAUGAGCUUGUUAUCCGAGUACAGCCUGAUGAAGCUAUUGUCCUGAAGAUCAAUAACAAAGUCCCUGGUCUUGGAAUGAGGUUGGACAGGAGCAAUCUAAAUCUCCACUACGCAGCCAGAUAUUCAAAGGAGAUUCCGGAUGCUUAUGAGAGGCUUCUGCUGGAUGCUAUUGAAGGGGAAAGGAGGCUGUUUAUCCGGAGUGAUGAACUUGAUGCAGCUUGGGCACUCUUCACACCCUUAUUGAAAGAGAUUGAAGAGAAGAAGGUUAUUCCCGAAUACUAUCCUUAUGGAAGCAGAGGUCCUGUCGGGGCACACUAUCUUGCAGCAAGAUACAAAGUCCGGUGGGGUGAUGUUGGCGUGGAGGUGUGAAUUUGAGGAGGCCGGCCUCAUUGCCAUUGCUAUCAUAGCCAAACAGGGUAAGGUUUUUGUUUUGUAAUUUGUUCACCGUAGAUUAGGGUUGUGUUGUUUCCAGUCAACAAGAAAUUAGAAGUAGGAUUGAAUUAUCCUGGAGUUUUUGCGAAUUCCUCUCGUUGUCAACGUAAAGAAAUUUGAAGCAAUUUCACUUCAGAUUUCUUCAUUUGAGACAAUAGAUGGAGUAGUUUUUCGUUGUUAUUUUCACACUGCCACACGUUGAUAUCAAUACAAUCAUGUUAUCAAGUGUAGCACUUUAUUAAUAAUAAAUUCCAAGUCAUUGGCACGACA